UUAUACAUUCAAUCUUAAAAAAAUUAAUAUUAAAAAUACGAAUAUAAAAUGAAUUAUUAACUGUACUAACACUGUGUAAUUUGUUUAGAAAAUGUUAAGCUUAAUAAUUAAGGUAAGAUUCAAAAUGUAUAACUACAUUAAUUUAGUUGUCUAUAUUAUAUUGAUUAUUGUUAAUUUAAUAAUAGGUACUUUUAAAAUGAAAGUAUAAUUAAUUUUAUAUGUUUUUAUCUUUUUAGAUUUGUCACUCAUAAGAAUAUGUGGACUAAUUAUAAAAGGUUAUUUAAUGGUAUUAAUGUGAAUACAAUUAUUUGUGUAGUUCACAAAAGUCAUUAUGAAGCACUAAAUAUCCAAAAAACUGCAACACAUAAAGAAAUAAAGGAUGCUUAUUACCGAUUAUCAAUGAUAUACCAUCCGGAUAAAAAUAAAGGAAGUGAAGAUGCUGCAAAACAUUUUCGGGAUAUUACUUCAGCAUAUGAAAUUUUAGGGAAUGUCCGUCAAAGAAGAUUGUAUGAUAGUGGAGUUAACCAAACCAAGAUAAAUGCUCAGUAUACUAGUAAAAAACCAUUUGAAACAAUGAAUACAGCAAGUGAGGUGUAUAAAAGCAAUACUCGUAGUAGAGAAUAUAAUUUUGAUAGUUGGUCUAGAGCUCAUUAUACAAAUGCAUUUCAAAAACACUAUGGUAAUCGAGAAAUACUUUCGCAAAGGAAAAAAAAUAUGGAGCAAGUAAACCAGCAACACACUUAUAAUGUAUUUAUAAUUAUAGUUACCACUUCUAUUGCUAUUUUAUAUUUUAUGUUUGGAUAUCUAUCAAAUUUUAUAGUAUUCAAACAAAGAAAAAUUAAUCCAUUUUUUAAUAAUGAGCCUAGCAAAACAAAAGAUUAAAUUGAAAUUGCAUUUUGCAAAUCAAAUUAUUGUGUUAGUUAUAAUAAUCUGUAUUAACAAAAUUAAAUAACAAUUGUAAUUACAAAACUAUGUUAUGUCAGUUUUAUAUAUGUAUAAUAAUUUUAUAGUUUUUAGUUUAUUAAAUUAAAAGUAUUCUAA